AUGGCUACAACAGCCGCAGAAAUGGAAUCUGAAACCUGGGUUCACUACCAUGACGGCGGCGUACCGGGUCGACGGCGCGUACUCAAGGGAGCCGAAGCAAAGGAAACAUUCAGCGCACUACCCAAGAUUGACUUUCAGCGGAUAUACUCGGACAAUAUUGAAGAUAGAAAAGAGCUGGCCAAGGAAGUAGGCGCUGCUUGUCGAGACGUUGGCUUCUUCUACGCAGUAAACCAUGGCGUAGACGAAGAAGUAUUAGAGGAUACUUUUGCCGCAUUAGAAAAAUACUUUGCCCUCCCCACCGACGUCAAAAUGGAAACCCAUAAUCAAAAGACGGAGAAAUUCAGAGGCUACGAGGCGUUCUUGGAGGGAAAACUAGAUCCCAGUACACGAGGUGAUCUCAAAGAAGGCUUCCUAAUGGGCGAAGACUUCACCGACCCAGAACAACUCUCCCUCCUAACCUCGACGCCCUCUCCCAGCGCCCAAACCCCACGCAACCAAUGGCCCACCCACCCCUCCGCUCUCUUCUGGCGACCCGCCCUCUACCGCUACUACCGCGCCAUGUUCACCUUCAGCAAGCGCCUGCUACGCAUCUUCGCCCUCGCCCUCUCCCUCCCGGAGACGCACUUUGACAAGAUAACCUCGCACCCCAUGACCAACGUCCGCGCCGUCCACUACCCGCCGCAGCAACGCGCCUCGGACGUCGGCAUAGGCGCCCACACGGACUUUUGCUGGUUCACCCUCGUCUGCCAAUCCCCGACUUCCUACCCGGCCCUCGAGGUGCUGAAUGCCAAUGGCGGCUGGGUCCCCGUGCACUACGAACCGCGUGCGUUUGUGGUGAAUAUUGCCGAUUUCUUGAAAUUGGUGACGGGCGCAACGUGGCAGAGUACUGUGCAUCGGGUGCGCAAUAUCGGGGGCGAGGAGAGGUAUAGUGUGCCGUUUUUCUUCAGUCCGAAUGAGGAUGCUCGAGUAGGGGUUUUGCCGCAUUUGCGGAAGGAAGGAGGCCAAGGGGAUGAUAGGGAGUGGGGGGUUGGAGAGUAUUUUCAGAUGAGGUUGGGGAUUGAUCGGACAACGCAUUUGGAGGGUAAGGAUGAGGAAGAGGAAGGGAAAGGGGAGGGGAAGGGAGAGGAAUGUCCGUGA